AAUCGAGCCUGACACAGAAAAAAAAUGUGAGUGCAGUGAAUGUCAAUUUGUGCUAUUUUUGUAUUUAUAAUUCCAUUUUGUGGUGUCGCAAAACAAUUUAUCACUCACGAUAAGAACGAAGAACUCGAUAAUCAUUCAUAGACUUCCUCGUAACGUAGAACGCACUCGGACGCGCAGUGCUUCGUUUGCAAACAGCGUGGUGUUUCCCGGCGGAGUCACUGAGUCCGUGGACGGGAGCCCCCGCUGGCUGGAGCUCCUCAACUCCUUCGGCUACACGAAGAAAGAUUUCGAAGUAUUUCACCGCCCUGACAGUGUUAUCACGCAAAUUUUUCAAAAUAAUCCCAUACAAAGGCACUUACAGCUGAGAAUAACAGCUAUUAGAGAGACGUUUGAAGAGUUAGGGCUGUUGAUUGGCAGCCGGGUGUGGAAGGAGGAUAGGUCUGGACUAUGGGCUGGAGUCAUAGAGGACAUUGAUGUUAAAUACUGGCAAGAUCGGUUACAAAAGGAUCCUGGUGACUGGUUUAGCCUCUGUAAGGAACACCAGUGCUACCCUGACAUCUGGUCUCUGCAUUAUUGGAGUAACUGGCUGACUCCCAUCAACCUCCCAAAAAGGUUUAACACAGCUUUCUUUGUGGCAGGAAUAGAAGAGAAACCCAAGUGUUUGGAGAAUAGCACUGAAGUUGUUAAUGUUGAGUGGCAGAGUCCAGCAGAAGUAUUAACCAGUGGUAAGACAUUGCAACCACCGCAGAUAUAUGAGCUGAACCGCUUGUCCCAUGUGAAGGACAUACAAGAGCUUAUCAAGUUCGCUAAGGAGAGGAGUGGACAUGGUGUUGACCUAACCUAUCCAGUACAUGUAAAAGUAAAAGAUGGCAUAUUAUCUUUAUUACCGGGUGAUGAUUUAUACCCCUCAAGUGUAGACUACAACGACAAUACUAUUAACUAUAUAGACCAAACUAUAUUAGAGUUAAGGAAGAGUUGUCAAACACUCCAUAGAUUUGAAGCAGGAAAGGAGAUCAAACAAUUUGUUAUACACAAUUACAAACCUGAACAUCACAUCAAUAUGGAAGACAAGUCGUUCCAACUGGUUUGUGAAGUUUAGUAUACAUUUUGUAGUUCCAGUUCACGCCUUAAAGUUUGGCCUUAUUAGCAGUACACAUACAAACAAGUAGAAGUUUACAGCUAAUCGUGAAACAAUACUAAUUUGAGAAGAUGGCGGGUUCCGGGCACACAUGGCCCAAUAGCCAGGAGGACUACGAACUGCUGGACGUGAUCGGCGUCGGCGCCACGGCCGUCGUGCACGCCGCCUUCUGCCGCCCGCGCAACGAGAAGUGCGCCAUCAAGCGCAUCAACCUCGAGAAGUGGAACACCUCCAUGGACGAACUGCUCAAGGAGAUCCAGGCCAUGUCCAGCUGCAACCACGAGAACGUCGUCACGUACUACACCAGCUUCGUUGUCAAGGAGGAGCUGUGGCUAGUACUCAGGCUGCUUGAGGGCGGCAGCUUGCUCGAUAUCAUCAAACACAAGAUGAGGAUAUCCAACUGCAAGCACGGCGUGUUCGACGAGGCGACCAUCGCCACAGUAUUGAAGGAAGUGCUGAAGGGACUCGAGUACUUCCACCAAAACGGACAGAUACAUAGAGACAUUAAGGCCGGAAAUAUCCUCCUAGGAGAUGAUGGUAUCGUCCAAAUUGCCGACUUCGGUGUUUCAGCAUGGCUGGCCACCGGACGCGAUCUCUCGCGACAGAAGGUUCGGCACACGUUUGUGGGCACCCCAUGCUGGAUGGCGCCCGAAGUAAUGGAGCAAAACCAUGGAUAUGAUUUCAAAGCCGAUAUCUGGUCCUUCGGUAUCACGGCCAUAGAGAUGGCGACCGGCACAGCCCCAUAUCACAAGUACCCUCCAAUGAAGGUGCUCAUGCUCACUUUACAGAAUGAUCCGCCGACACUGGAUACCGGCGCCGAAGAAAAGGAUCAGUACAAAGCGUACGGCAAGACAUUCAGGAAAAUGAUAUUCGAGUGUCUGCAAAAAGACCCGGCAAAGCGGCCGACGGCGACCGAGCUGCUGAAGCACUCGUUCUUCAAGAAGGCACGCGACCGCAAGUACCUGGUGUCGACGCUGGUGACCAUCGGGCCCAGCAUGGAGACGCGCGUGCACAAGGCCAGUCGGCGCCAGCCCGGCGCCUCGGGGCGGCUGCACCGCAUGGAGACGGGCGAGUGGGUGUGGGAGAGCGAGGAGGAGGACGGCGACGAGGACGACGCGGCGCGGGACCGCCCCAUGAACACGCUGGAGCGCGCCGACAGCUCCGACUCCGACGACGACCGCGCCGCCUUCACCAUCGGCUCGCUCGGCACGCCCGCGCAGCAGCCGCAGAUCAACCUCGUGCUGCGCAUGCGCAACGCGCGCAACGAGCUCAACGACAUCCGCUUCGAGUUCGCGGCCGGCAAGGACUCGGCGGACGGCAUCGCCACGGAGCUGGUGGGCGCGGGGCUGCUGGACGCGCGGGACGCGGACGUGACGGCGCGGCAGCUGCAGCGCCUGGUGGACGACUGCCUGUUCCCCGGCGCCGCGCCGCCGCCGCGCUCCGCCACCUUCCGCCUGGCGUCGGCGCCGCCCGAGCCCGAGGACGAGCAGAGCCUGCUCGGCUUCGCGCAGAUCUCCAUCGUGGACUGACCGCCGCGCCCCGCUCGCCGCUAUAUUAUCUAUGCUUAGGUACCUCCUACGUAUUUUAUGGGUGGAUAUGGAAUUAUAUUAGUUGUAUACCGUUUAUGCGGUGGUGAUUUUUGUGGACCGAUGGUACCGCCGGCCGCCGCCGUCCCGCGGCCGCGACGUCUGCGCGCAUCGACUUGUAUACGAAAACUAUCGCCGCGUAGCUCAAAUGAAUGUAUAUUUUACAUUAUGAUAAGGGUGAAUCUGAAUUUAUAAGAGUAUUUUUUGUGAUCGUACCGUGUCAAUUUUGCUGCUUUCCAACACUGUAAUCGAUUAGGACCCACAUUCGCAAAUUUUCGCAAUGCUAUACAAAUGAUGACAAUGAAUGACAGAAUAGUUUGCGCAGGCGUACUAGAGAGAUCCAACUAAAUGAAACGAAAUGUAAGUUAGCACUAAUAGCAUUAUUUACUUGUUUGUAAUAAAAAGCUACCUAAUAUUUUGUAAUUCUUAUUACUUUAAAAACAACUUCCAAGUGCCAUAUUUUUAAAAUAUGAAUGGAUAAAAAAUUAUAAUUAUAUACUGUAAGUUUGACAGUGAUAAAAUUGCAUAUAAUAAUAAUCAUUACAGUGUUAAUUUUAAAUAGCAGGUCUAUAUAGCACCAUAGAAUGUUCUUUUUACAUUGUUAUUUGUUUGUUGCUUAUUUUGGAAGUAUUUUAAUAAUAAAAGAUGAAAUCGA